UAAGUGACGCAUGCGUGGAGGAUAUGCGCUUUGCAGCAAAGUCCUCCUUUACUCCACACACGCUUCUAAGCCUCGCUACUAACUACACUUUAUUCAUCCUCCGUGUCAGGAUAAACUCCACUCGUCUCACUCAACUUUGGACAUUAUUAGGCCCGCUUAGCUUGCUACUUGUUUUAGUGCGCUAGUUAGCUUUGCAUACUAAUUGUUUUAGCGCGCUAGUUAGCUUAGCAUGCUAGUUAGCUUAGCUUGUUAGCUGCUAACAAAGAGACGCGGAUUUGAUCAACACAUCGCUUAGUUAAGAUCAAGUGUGAGUGUAAAGUGUUGUAAUUGUGUGAAAAUGUGUGAAAGAACGAUAGCAGAGUACAAAGAGGAACUUUCUCGGACCAAAGAAGACAACAAAAGACUACGUCAACUACUGGACGCUGUUUUCAAGAAACCUCAAGUUGUGUUACACAGAACAGACGUCUGUGAAGAUUAUCUUCACCCUAAGCAACAGCAGUGGAGCUUCAGGAUGCAGACGGAGGAGCCACAGCCCUCCCACAUUAAGAAAGAAGAGGAAUACCCACUCAUCCCCGAUUUUAAAGAGGAAGAGGAGGACCCACUGACACCCAAUUUUAAAGAGAAAGCGGUGGAUCCACUGAGCCCUCACAUUAAGGUGGAAGAGGAGGACCCACUGAGCCCUCACAUUAAGGAGGAAGAGGUGGAUCCACUGAGCCCUCACAUUAAGGAGGAAGAGGAGGACCCACUGAGCCCUCACAUUAAGGAGGAAGAGGUGGAUCCACUGACCCCUCACGUUAAGGAGGAAGAGGAGGACCCACUGACCCCUCACAUUAAAGAGGGAGAGGUGGAUCCACUGACCCCUCACGUUAAGGACGAAGAGGAGUACCCACUGAGCCCUCACGUUAAGGAAGAAGAGGAGGACCCACUGAGCCCUCACAUUAAAGAGGAAGAGGAGGAACACAGCAUCAGUCAGCAUGUUGAAGGAGUGGAGGAGGUUGAUGUCACCAAGAUGCCAGUGACUGGUGUCCCUGUGAAGAGUGAAGAUGAUGAGGUCAAAGGUGAGAGUGAGGAGAAGAGAAGCAGCAGCUCAACACAACACAUGACAACAGAAGCUGAUGGAGACCACUGUGGAGGAUCACAAGCAGACAAGAUCUUAGCUCCACUAUCAGAUAACAUCCAUCAGCUGAUUGGACACCAAGAAGAAUGUCUCCCUCAUCUGCAGGGGGACAGUUUCACUUUAGAGGAUCCACAGCCCUCACAUUUUAAAGGGGACAAGGAGGAUCCACAGCCCCCUUAUUUUAUAGAAGAAAAGGAGGGAGAGUGUCCUGUAGGGCAGGAGGAGGAUGAUGUCAUGACUGUUGUCUCUGUGAAGACUGAAGAGCAUGAAGACAAAGCACGUGAGUCCUCACAGCUUCAUCACAGUCCAAACGUCCAGCGGGUGUCAGCGGGGAGUCAUGAAGAGGAGUGGCACACCAGUGUGGGACAGAAGGAGCUACAGGCCCCCUCCCACAUUAAAGAGGAGCAGCUUCAUGAUGAAGAUGAAGCUCAGUCCUUACAGCUUCAUCACAGUCAAAGUGAGGAGAACAGAGGGGCGGAGCUUAUGUCGUAGAAGAACAUCUUCCUCGUGAGCAGGAAGAAGAGCCACAGCCCCACCACAUUAAAGAGGAAGAAGAUGUACCACAUUCCCAUCACAUUAAAGAGGGAGGGGAGGAGCCACAACCCCCCCAUAUUACAGAGGAAGACGAGACGCCACAGACCUGUAGUGUUAAACUGUCCCUUCACAUUAAAGGGCAAGCGGAGGACCCACUGGUCUUACACAGCAAAAAUGAAAAGGAGGACCCACUGAGCCCUCACAUUAAAGAGGAAGAGGAGGAACACAGCAUCAGUCAGCAUGUUGAAGGAGUGGAGGGGGUUGAUGUCACCAAGAUGCCAGUGACUGGUGUCCCUGUGAAGAGUGAAGGUGAUGAGGUCAAAGGUGAGAGUGAGGAGAAGAGAAGCAGCAGCUCAACACAACACAUGACAACAGAAGCUGAUGGAGACCACUGUGGAGGAUCACAAGCAGACAAGAUCUUAGCUCCACUAUCAGAUAGUGAGGACACAACGUCACACUCUCCUGACACUGAUGAUGAACACUCUAAACAUGAUGCAACAUGUCACACUGACAACACUCACUUCACAUGUUCUCUCUGUCACAACACUUUUAAAUAUUCUAGUUAUUUGAAAAGACACAUGAGAACACACACGGGAGAAAAACCUUUUUCCUGCUCAGAAUGUGGUAAAAGUUUUGUAAUAAAUGGAAAUUUAAAAGUUCACAUGAGAACACACACUGGAGAAAAACCUUUUCUUGUUCAAUCUGUGGUAAAGGUUUUGCACAAAGUUCAUGUUUGGCAAAACACAGAAGAAGACACACUGGAGAAAAAUCUUGUAUUUGUUCAAUCCGUGGUAAAGGUUUUGUAGAAAGUCAGUAUUUGAUAAAACACUUGAGAACACACACUGGUGAAAAACCUUUUAUCUGUUCACUCUGUGGUAAAGGUUUUGUACAAAGUCACAGUUUGAAAGUACACAUGAGAACACACACUGGUGAAAAACCUUUCACAUGUUCAAUCUGCAACAGAAGCUUUUGUGACCAAUCAAAACUUGUAGCACACAUGAGAAGACACCCAGGAGAGAAAGUGUUGAGUUGCAGUGUGUGUGCUGAAGAUUGUCUUCUAAGUAGCAGUGUAAGAAACACAAGUGUGCUGAAGAUUGUCUUCUAAGUAGCAGUGUAAGAAACACAAGUGUGCUGAAGAUUGUCUUCUAAGUAGCAGUGUAAGAAACACAAGUGUGCUGGUGAGAACAGCAGCAGCAAAUGAAGAUGCAGGAUUUGAAAUAAACUUUAACUUUGACUUUCUAACAACAUCAGCACAUAUAACAUGUGCGACAUUGUUGUAACUAUCUCUUUAAUAUGCUUCUAUAUUUAUCAAUUAGAUAUUUUAUAUUAGUGCUUUUUUCAGUCGAGUACAUGCAUUAAUAUGCAAUCAAAGUUUGGAGUGUCAGGCAAAAGCCAAUAUUGUACAUCAUCCCACAGAGAUUCACUUUGCAUACAUUCAUAAAAUAAACUGUUUAUUUUGUUUUCCUAUCACAGAACAAACAAGUGUUGUCUUCAAUUGCAAAACAACAUCCUAAAAAUUAUUUUAAGUGGUCAAUUCUGUCUUUUUUUUCUUAAAUGAACUUUCAAGAUAUGAGUAUUUUUUUGUUCCAGAGAAAGUACAGUAAAGAAUAAAUAGUAAAUAAUUAAAAAGAUGAUAUACUAUAAUUAGAAU